AUGCCUACGCUUAUGUGGUUGCGCGCCGCUGCUGUCGCUGCUCUUGCGACACACGCUACUGCUCAGCAAUGCUACUAUCCCAAUGGCAACAAGGCUCCGGACACAGAGAAGCCUUGUUCAUCAGAAAAAGGUUCUGCUUGUUGUCCGGAUAAAUGGGAAUGUCUUGACAAUGGCCUCUGUCACUAUCCCGCCGACAACCUGUACGGCCGAUACAGCUGUACAGACAAGGACUGGAAAUCAGACGCCUGUGCUUCUAACAUGUGCACAUACGGUAUGACAGUUGGCGGCGGCGAGUCGAUAACCCAGUGCUCCGACCAUGACAACCAGUGGUGCUGCAACGCCGACGCCCAGAACGUGAACUGCUGCAAGGAAUCACCAUCACCACGACCCUUCUUUGCACUACAAGACGGAAACGCGUAUGCGACCAUUGGCCAGAAUCAAGCCUCGACUGCUCCCAACAUUGCGACUAUCACUGGCCUGGCGACGAGCGGAGGUGGAGGUGGAAACGGACCAUCGAAGACGUCAGUGGGAGGAUCUUCAGGUUCUCCCCCUACCGACGCCCCCAACUCAGGUUCUGCAACUGCUACAGCCGACGACGCCUCGACCACAGGAACGCCCUUCAGUUCUGUUUUCCAAAGCCUCUCCACAAGUGCCGGCGGCGGCGUCGUCACAAUCCAAAACACCAUCCUCAUCACACCCACCCCAACCGCCGGCUCCAGCAACUCCAACGACGGAAACUCUUCCUCCUCCAGCGGCUCAAAAUCCAACCUCGGCCUCAUCAUCGGUUGCGCAGUCGGCAUCCCCCUCGCCCUCGCCCUCCUCGGCAUAAUCUUCUGGCUCCUCCGCAAGCGCCGCCAGCAAAAAGCCAACCCCUACAAAGACCCCUCCGAAGUCGAAGGCGACAGCCCCCUCGUCGGCGCAGCCAAACUCAACAAGAGCAAGAAAGAAACCUACCGCAACUCGCGGCCCGCGACCGCAGAAAUCGAUGGGAACCCAAUUGGCGCGGGGCGCUCCAACCGCGUCUCCGAACUGCCUUCUGGAAACGGGUUUCAACCAGGUCAGGGCGCGCCGUAUGGGCCUGAUGCUGUGGGUAUUGGAGGCGGAAACGGCGAUCCAAACCGUACUACAUGGGACACCGUUCCACCGCAAUACUCGCCUGCCCACAAUCAAGCAGUUUUCACACAUCCAGAGGCUACCGAGCUGGCUGAUACGAGUGUGAAUCCGGUGCUGAAUGAGAAGGGUCAGCCGUACCAGGCGUAUAGGCCACCGCAACCCGUCGCGGAGUUGCCGAGCGUUGUGACGCCGCCUGAGGAUUUGGAGAAGCAGAUGCAUCAUCGGUAG